CUUCAAUGGAAGCGAAAAUCAUCCUCCAAAUUCAAAUCCCUUGGAACCCUAAUCGCAAAUCGGAGGCGCUUAGUGAUCGUAGAAAUUGGUUCGGAGCUGACUGGAAGCGAGAAGUUGUUUGUAUAUGUUUGUGUGAGGAUUGAGAUGGAUAUGGAUCUUGCCGACGACGACGAAGCUGACUCGGCUCCUAAUCUGAAGAUCGGCGAGGAAAAGGAGAUCGGAAAAUCAGGAUUGAAGAAGAAACUUGUUAAGGAAGGUGAAAAAUGGGAUACGCCUGAGAAUGGAGACGAAGUUGAAGCCGUGACAGAGGAACUCCUUUCAAAUUCACUCUUGGCUAAGAACUUGGUUCGGAGCUUACCGAUCUACGUCGGAGUCGCUUCUCUUUUAGCUGUUCUCUUCAAUCGGACUGUCUCCGGUAUCGCUCCAGUGGCCGAUGCUAGCAGGUCCACUUACCACCCAAGAAACGAGCAUUUCGUUGUGGAUUUCGAGCAGCUUCAAAGCCAAUUCAAUGAUAUGACCAUUGAGGAAGAAGACAAGUUACUUGAUGCAUCGUUUUCCAAGGAUGGAGCUUCAAUAGCUAAUCGUCUCUCUAAUGCUAUUACUUGUAUCAAGAAACGUGAAGAUAAAGGUUCAGCUUUUGUUGCAGAAACUACUUCAAUGUCCAUGUCUGAAGCCUCUGACUAUUUUAAAGAGUAAACUUCUCUUUCUUUUUUUUCCCUGUCCUUGUAUUAUCAGUCUUUUGUCUCUGAUAUAACUACCAAACUGUGCAGUCUUGGAAAGCUUAUGAGUGAAUACAGACAUGGGAAAUUG